AUGAAGCUAACAGCAUUCUUGGCGGCGGCGGUGAUGGCGACUAUGCAAGUUGGAGCAAAAGAAGAUCUUCCGCCGGAUGCACAGCUUCGCAUUGGUGUCAAGCACAGACCUGAUUCGUGCACAGUUAAAAGUCAGCCGGGAGACACGUUAUCUAUGCAUUACACCGGCACGCUUCGCAAGGAUGGCUCCAAGUUUGACUCGAGCUUGGAUCGCAACGUGCCAUUUGAGUUCAAGCUUGGAGCCGGUCACGUCAUUAAGGGUUGGGAUCGUGGACUUGUGGACAUGUGCAUCGGUGAAAAGCGCCGUCUGACAAUUCCAUCAGACCUGGGUUAUGGUGAUCAUGGCUCACCCCCAAAGAUUCCUGGAAAGGCAACGCUAGUCUUUGACGUCGAGUUGCUCGACAUCAAGCACGAAGAUGAUGAGCUCUAG